AUGGCGCAGGGAAUCGCCGGAGCAGCGGCUGGCGCUGACCCCUGCUCCCCGUUCCAGGUCGGGGAUCACAAAUUCAGCGCUCACAGGAUCGUGCUGGCAGCUUCCAUCCCCUACUUCCACGCCAUGUUCACCAACGACAUGAUGGAGUGCAAGCAGGACGAGAUUGUCAUGCAGGGCAUGGAUCCCAGUGCGCUGGAGGCUCUGAUCAACUUUGCCUACAACGGUCACCUGGCCAUAGACCAGCAGAAUGUGCAGUCCCUGCUCAUGGGGGCGAGUUUCCUGCAGCUGCAGAACAUCAAGGACGCUUGUUGCACCUUCCUCAGGGAGAGGCUUCAUCCCAAGAACUGCCUGGGUGUGCGGCAGUUUGCCGAGACCAUGAUGUGCACGGUGCUCUACGACGCUGCCAACAGCUUCAUCCACCAGCACUUUGUGGAGGUCUCCAUGUCCGAGGAGUUCCUGGCGCUGCCCUUCGAGGACGUCCUGGAGCUCGUUUCCAGGGAUGAGCUCAACGUGAAAUCCGAGGAGCAGGUGUUCGAAGCUGCCUUGGCCUGGAUCCGGUACGACAGAGCCCAGAGGGAAUCCUUCCUGCCCGAGCUGCUGUCCAAAAUCCGGCUGCCGCUGUGCCGGCCGCAGUUCCUGACGGACCGCGUGCAGCAGGACGACCUGGUGCGGUGCUGCCACAAGUGCAGGGAUCUGCUUGACGAAGCCAAGGAUUAUCACCUGAUGCCGGAGCGCCGGCCGCACCUGCCGGCGUUCAAGACGCGGCCGCGGUGCUGCACGUCCAUCGCCGGGCUGAUUUACGCCGUGGGGGGACUCAACUCAGCAGCAAAUUUCUACGCAGGCGACUCCCUGAACGUGGUGGAGGUGUUCGACCCCAUCGCCAACCGCUGGGAGAGGUGCCAGCCCAUGGGCACGGCGCGCAGCCGCGUCGGCGUGGCCGUGCUCAACGGGCUGCUCUACGCCAUCGGCGGCUACGACGGCCAGCUGAGGCUCAGCACCGUGGAGGUGUACAACCCCGACACCGACUCCUGGUCCAAGGUGGAAAGCAUGAACAGCAAGAGGAGCGCCAUGGGGACGGUGGUGCUGGACGGGCAGAUCUACGUGUGUGGGGGAUACGAUGGAAACUCCUCCCUCAACUCGGUGGAGUCCUACUCUCCAGAAACAAACAAGUGGACAGCGGUGACCCCCAUGAGCUCCAACCGCAGCGCUGCCGGAGUCACCGUGUUCGAGGGCCGGAUCUACGUGUCAGGAGGGCACGACGGGCUCCAGAUCUUCAACAGUGUGGAAUACUACAACCCUCACACCUCCAGCUGGCACGCCGUGGCGCCCAUGCUGAACAAGCGGUGCCGGCACGGCGCGGCGGCGCUGGGCAGCCGCAUGUUCGUCUGCGGCGGCUACGACGGCUCGGGCUUCCUCAGCGCCGCCGAGGUCUACAGCUCCGCGUCGGACCAGUGGUACCUGCUGGUGCCCAUGAACAGCCGGCGCAGCCGCGUGUCCCUGGUGGCCAACUGCGGCCGGCUCUACGCCGUGGGCGGCUACGACGGACAGUCCAACCUGGGCUCGGUGGAGAUGUACGACCCCGAGACCAACCGCUGGACGUUCAUGGCGCCCAUGGUGUGCCACGAGGGCGGCGUGGGCGUGGGCUGCGUGCCGCUCCUCACCGUCUGA